AUGACGUCACCACAACUGGUGGGAAGGCAGCUGCAGAGGGAGGCCUUUAAAGAUGCGGACAGUAUAGGGCAAUGCAGGGUCGUGGUCCAAAAGGCGAAGCAGGGGUCAAGCACGGGGAGUCAGAAGUCCAAGAACACAUCCAAAGGGGUAAUCCGUAAAUCCAAAAUCCAUGAGGCAGAAAACGUAGUCGUACCAGGGUCAGAUGGGCAGAGCAGAAUCAGACGAGGAGCAGGCAGAGCGGCAAAGUACCACUGGCAGAGUCAAAAUGUGAAGCAAAGCGGAGUGGACGACAUGGUCCUGCUCUCCAAGAUCACCGAGGAUGCCAUCGUGGAAAACCUCAAGAAAAGAUACAUGGACGACUAUAUCUUUACCUACAUCGGUCCUGUUUUGAUUUCUGUGAAUCCGUUUAAGCAAAUGCCCUACUUCACUGACAGAGAGAUCGAACUCUACCAGGGCGCAGCCCAGUACGAGAACCCGCCUCACAUCUACGCCCUGACUGACAACAUGUACAGGAACAUGAUGAUCGAUGGGGAGAAUCAGUGUGUUAUUAUUAGCGGUGAGAGCGGUGCAGGGAAGACAGUGGCUGCCAAAUACAUCAUGGGCUACAUUUCCAAAGUAUCUGGAGGUGGUUCCAAAGUGCAGCAUGUAAAAGACAUCAUCCUACAGUCAAAUCCACUGCUGGAGGCAUUUGGCAACGCCAAAACUGUCCGAAACAACAACUCUAGUCGCUUUGGGAAAUACUUCGAAAUUCAGUUCAGCAGAGGCGGAGAGCCAGAUGGUGGCAAAAUUUCGAACUUCCUGCUGGAGAAGUCAAGGGUGGUGAGCCAGAAUGAGAGUGAGAGGAACUUCCACAUUUACUAUCAGCUGAUAGAGGGUACCAAUGCACAGCAGAAAGAAGGUCUGGGCAUCAUGACUCCAGACUAUUACUACUACCUCAACCAGUCGGGGACUUACAAGGUGGAUGGGACCAAUGACAGCAAAGAUUUCCAGGAAACUAUGGAGGCCAUGCAGGUGAUCGGCAUCCCAGGUGACAUCCAGACUCAGGUGCUGCAGAUCACUGCAGGUAUCCUCCACCUGGGGAACAUCAGCUUCAUAGAGACGGGCAACUAUGGGCAGGUGGAGAGCACAGACUUACUCGCCUUCCCUGCCUAUCUGCUGGGCAUCGACCCUAACCGCCUUCAAGACAAGCUGACCAGUCGAAAGAUGGACUCAAAGUGGGGAGGGAAGUCUGAAUCCAUUAACGUGACCCUCAACCAGGAGCAGGCCACCUACACACGGGACGCUCUGGCCAAAGCCCUUUAUGCACGCCUCUUUGACUAUCUAGUAGAGGCCAUAAAUAGAGCCAUUCAGAAACCUCAUGAAGAAUUCAGUAUUGGAGUGCUCGACAUUUAUGGUUUUGAGAUAUUCCAGAGAAAUGGGUUUGAGCAGUUUUGUAUAAACUUUGUCAACGAGAAACUCCAGCAGAUCUUCAUUGAACUCACGCUGAAAGCUGAGCAGGAAGAGUAUGUUCAGGAGGGCAUUAAAUGGACACCGAUUGAGUACUUCAACAACAAGAUUGUGUGUGACCUUAUUGAAAAUAAAGUGAACCCUCCUGGUAUUAUGAGCGUGCUGGAUGAUGUGUGUGCCACCAUGCAUGCCAAAGGAGAGGGUGCAGACGGCACUCUGCUGCAGAAACUGCAGGCGGCAGUGGGAAGCCAUGAACAUUUCAACAGCUGGAACUCCGGUUUUGUCAUACAUCACUAUGCCGGGAAGGUGUCGUAUGAUAUCAACGGCUUCUGUGAGAGAAAUCGAGACGUCCUUUUUCCUGACCUCAUCGAGCUCAUGCAAAGUAGUGAAUUUGGCUUCAACCGGAGCUUAUUCCCUGAAAACCUGAACACAGACAAGAAGGGGAGGCCGACCACAGCGAGCUCAAAGAUCAAGAGACAAGCUAACGAACUGGUGAACACGCUGAUGAAGUGCACUCCUCACUACAUCCGCUGUAUCAAACCAAACGAGACGAAAAGGCCCAAAGACUGGGAGGAGAGCAGGGUGAAGCAUCAAGUCGAAUAUCUCGGGCUGCGAGAAAACAUCCGAGUACGACGAGCUGGGUUUGCAUACCGCAGGGUCUUCAAUAAGUUUCUGAUGAGAUACGCCAUUCUAACACAGGAAACAUGGCCCUGCUGGAGAGGCCCAGAGCAGCAGGGGGUCCUCCAUCUGCUCCGGUCAGUCAACAUGGAUAACGAUCAGUACCAGAUGGGACGGACCAAAGUCUUCGUCAAGAACCCAGAAUCGCUCUUUCUUCUUGAGGAGAUGAGGGAGAGGAAGUUUGACACGUUCGCCAGAAUUAUUCAAAAGGCCUGGAGAAAAUACAACGCCAGGAAGAAGUAUGAACAGAUGAGAGAAGAAGCCUCGGACAUCCUGUACAACUCCAAAGAGCGGAGGAAGAACAGCAUCAACAGGAACUUUGUUGGAGAUUACCUCGGCUUGGACCAAAGACCCGAGCUGCGGCAGUUUCUGGCCAAGCGAGAGCGCAUUGACUUUGCUGAUUCGGUGAACAAGUUCGACCGCAGGUUCAAAUCUAUCAAGAGAGACCUGAUCUUGACCCCUAAGUGCAUUUAUCUGAUUGGUCGAGAGAAGGUGAAGAAGGGACCUGAGAAAGGGCUGAUCAAAGAGGUGCUGAAACGGAAACUGGACUUUGCAAACAUCUCCGGUGUCUCUCUCAGUACAAGACAGGAUGAUUUCUUCAUUAUCCACGAGGUCCAGUACGACAGUCUGCUAGAGUCCAACUUUAAGACAGAGUUCCUCAGUUUGCUCUCUAAACGCUACGAGGAAGUGACGAAGAGAAAACUGACGAUCUCCUUCGCUGACAGACUGGAGUUUAGAGUGAAAAAGGAGGGAUGGGGUGGAGGCAGCUCUAGAGUGGUGGUGUUCCAGAAGGGUCAGGGGGUUCUGGCCCAGUUCAAACCUGGAGGGAAGAUCCUCACGGUCACAAUAGGAGACGGUUUACCCAAGUCCUCAAAGCCUACCAGGAAGUCUGGUCUUGACUCUCGAGGUGGAGGGAGAACCCAUGUACCCAGCAGAACACACCAGAAUGGAGCACCCAAGUUUUCCAGCGCCAAUCCGGCCCAUCAGUCACAAAUCACAUAUACAACUCCGCACAAACAGAACCGGCCGCCCGGCGGCGCCCUGCCCAAACUGGGCUCACGAAAGAAUCCCAAAGCUACAGCCCACAACCAGCUUAACCAUGGCAACCUGGACUUCCUUAAUGUGCCUGAUCAAGGCAUGUCAGGGAAGCAGAGGAGACAGAGCAUCAGCCGUCGACCUCCUCCCGCUCCUAAACCUCAGCCGCGACCUCAGGGUCCUUGCUGCCGUGCCUUGUAUCAGUACGUCGGCCAGGACACAGACGAAAUCAGCUUCGAGGUCGAUGACGUGUUUGAUCUGGUCAGAGAAGAUCCGUCAGGCUGGUGGACAGGCAGGAUUCGAGGAAAGGAAGGUCUCUUUCCUGGUAACUACGUGGAAAAGAUCUGA